AUGAGCAAGGACAAGCAGAGCAAUCAGGUGCCAGAGUCCACCGGACCUUUGUCCCCAUCCAAAGGCCAGAAACCGCCCAGGAUGCCCAAGUGCUCCCGCUGUCGGAACCACGGCUACGUGUCUCCCCUGAAGGGACACAAGCGCUUCUGCAACUGGAGGGACUGCCAGUGCGCCAAAUGUAAACUGAUAGCUGAGAGGCAGAGAGUCAUGGCGGCCCAGGUUGCCCUGAGAAGGCAGCAGGCUCAGGAGGAGGAUCUUGGGAUUUGCAGUCCGGUGGCUCUGUCCGGCCCUGGGGUGAUGGUGAAGAAUGAAGUCGAAGCAGACUGCUUGUUCUCUGUGGAGGGACGAUCUAUGACAACUUCCAGUCCUUCCAACCCUUCUUCUCUUGCUGUCACAGGGAGUCGCACAGCGUCAUCCUCCAGCCCGUCGGCCGGUGCCCGGGCUCAUACUGAGGGACCAACAGACCUGCUGCUGGAAACCUCCUAUUACAACUUCUAUCAGCCUUCACGGUACCCCACCUACUACGGCAACCUCUACAACUACCAGCAAUACCAGCAGAUGCCCCAUGGUGAUGGUCGCCUGUCGAGCCACAACAUGUCCUCUCAGUACCGCAUGCAUUCCUACUAUCCAGCAGCCACCUACCUAACUCAGGGUCUGGGCUCCACCACCUGUGUGCCAGCCCGCUUCAGCCUGGAGAGCAACAACAACAAUAACAACUGCUCUGAGACCAUGGCAGCCUCAGUCUUCUCACCCGGCAGCAUCACCACUGGUCUUGACUCCGCCAUGACCUGCAGGUCCUUCAGCUCCCUCAUUAACUCAGAUGUCCAUGUUGAGUGUGAGGCCAGCACCGAGACGCCAAACGUCACUGCCGACUCCAUCAUUGAUGCUGAUGCCACCGAGUAAAAGCAGCUAAGGUUAACAUGCAACAAAAGCAUUAUGAGAUCAGUUGAGCAAAAAAUAUUUUCAUAGUUCAGAGUUUUUGUUCAGUUUUAGCCUCAAAGCUGUUAAAUCUUCUGAUGAAGGCAGUUCACCAGCAUAGAAAGUGCUUGGAAAGUUAAAAUAUGAUGUAUGAGUUCAUGAAUAACAACAUGCACAUACAAGAACUAAAUCACUUGAUUAUCAGUAAUUAAGACUGGACCAGUGAUUCAUACCACAUGCUGAUUGGUUGUGUAUUUGUCCUCUUCAGAAAGCAACUGGUAAUGCGAAGUGGCGUGUUUUUAUUAUCCCAUUGACAAAGUGACACAGCAUGCAGAACAAUGAUGUUGAAAUUCUUUGUAACUUCAAAAUUUGCUUAGUUUUCGAACAGUAUCAAUUAGAGUUAGAUAUUAGUGGUCAAUCCUUUGACAAUCAGAAUACAGGAUUGGUGUUUGCUAAGACACUUUUUGAGCUGAUUAUCUGUUAUCACUGUUACUGAGCAACUUAUUUAGAAAAUGUUUUUAGAAAAAAAAAAAGCCCAAAUGCAGUCAUGUA